GGACAGCAUGGAAGGAGCUGGAGGAAGUAGCAACUCGGAUCCGAGAUUCGAGUUUCUUGGCUCAUUUGUCCAGAAGACGCUCAAGUUAAAACCAGAAAAAUGGCACCGAUUAGUAACACUAGAAGAGCACAAGGCAGUUCUGAAAGAAUUUUUCGACAAUGCACAGACUGUCGUUAUGAUCAUUAUUCUGACACCAUCCGCACAAUUGAUUCCACUUGUGAGCUUUCCGAUACAGCAACUUAAAAACAAAGGCGUCUACUUCGUCAAGAAAAACCCGAUUGAUGUCCCGCGCGACGGCUGCAAAGAUGUGCUGGUUGUGGGUGAUCUGGCAACAAGAACCAUCGACCAGUUGUCCUGCCUGGUCGAUGAAGUGUUUGUACCCCUGCUUUCGAACUCCGAUAACCAUCUCGGCUGGCCGGAAAUGGUAGCACAAGACGUACAAAAGCAAGUUCACAGUCUGAAGAGCACGGUUUAUCAAGUCCAGGGUCAAGUUAGUGGACAGACCGUUCUACCAAUGCCCGUAGGAGUUGAUAAAUGUGUGCAGACGGCCAAAGAACUAGUUGUCAACUCAGAAUGUUCGAUUAAUCUCUACCUCAAGAGUGCAAUCGAAGGCGUUGUCAUCAAAUGGGCCACACAAGUGAAUGAUGUGAUGCUGGAGUCGAGUGCGAACGCAUUUAAUGGCGGUCAAAAUCCAGUCCCAUCCGUCGAGAUUAAUUUUUGGAACAAUCGCUUGAAAAACUUAACCUACAUCUAUGAGCAGCUGCGUCACGAACGUAUCCGCAGUAUGGCGCUGAUUCUAGAGUACACAGACAGUGCUUACUAUCCUUGCUUUAAAACACUUUUCAAAAACGUUGUAACAGCGUUGGCGGAGGCACGAGAUAUUACACUUUACUUAAAUCCACUCACAAGACACUUCCAACAACUAGAGGACACCGAGUUUUCUGAGUGCAAGGUUCUCCUGAAACCGUUACUACACGUAGUUUGUUUGAUUUGGUCAAACUCUUUAUAUUAUUGUCACUCGGCAAAGUUGAUAGUUCUACUUCGUCAAAUAUGCAACUUAAUCAUUCAACAGGCUAAACGCUUCCUUGACCCAUCAUCCAUCUUUCAUACCGAUAUCGACGAGGCGAUGCAGCGCAUAUCGUUGUCGAUACAAAUUCUCAAAUAUUUUCGCACUGUGUAUGAUGAAUAUAAAGAUAAUAUUGCACCUUUCUUUCAAGAGCGUCCCGUCGUCAACUGGACCUUUCAUCCCAACGCCGUGUUUGAACGGUACAAUGCAUUUCUUGAUCGAUUAUUUACCAUUCAGUGGUUUUUCAAUACUGUCAUUGAGUUUCUCAAGCUAGAGAAGGUAGAAAUCGGAGGCCUCAAGGGACGAGCAUUAAGUGCACGUAUUACGGGCGUGUCGGUUGAGUUUAACCAGUGUUUCUCACUGUUUGCAUCGAAAACGUAUGAUGUUCUUGAUCCUGAUGAUCCCACCUUUAAGGAAGAUUUCCUCAAGUUCCAGGACCGUAUCUUGGAGCUCGAUCUUAAGCUGGCUGCAAUUUUAUGUCAAGCUUUUGACGAUUGUCACAACCUGGAAAGCGUCUUCAAGCUGAUAAGCAUCGUAGGAACUGUUCUGGAUCGACCGAAAAUUAAAGAAGAGUUUACCAACAAAUAUAGACAAAUUUUAGUGAUGAUUGAUGAAGAGCUCAGCACAUGUGAAAACAUUUACACUCUACAAAUGGAGUAUUACCGCAAGGAAGGAUACAUUUUUGUGGACCGCAGUGCUCCUCCAGUUACUGCGGCCCUCCGUUGGGUGCUUCAGCUUACCAAUCGCAUAACCUCUCCCAUCAAACAAUUUCAAACUUUGCAGCAUCCGGUCGUUCAAUCCGAAGAAGGUGCCGCUUUAAUCGCUCGGUUUGAUAUCUUGAUUGCUAAGUUGAAAGAAUUCGAACGAUCCAUUUUCGACGGUUGGGCACAGGAAGUGCCAGAAACGAUUGAAGCACACUUAGACAAACCGCUCAUUAUACGGAAGAAAAAUUCGCCCGAGCUUCUACUUAACUUUAGCCCUCAGCUGUUUGCUAUCCUAAGAGAGGUGCACUACCUGAGACUCAUGGAAAAGGAGGACAUCCCACAGCGAGGCCUUGAAUUUUCCGACAGAAGUGAGAUCUUUCGCUCUUACACCCUUAACCUUGAAAAAACGGUUGACUGGUAUAACAAGAUACGCAAAAACUGUACCAAAGUUGAGCUGGAGCUAAUCAAGGGCGAGAUAGAACACAUCGAUGCACUGCUGGAACGUGCCAUCAACGAGCUUACGUGGAACUCGGAGGACAUUCAAGAUUACAUGAUGCAGAUACGUGACCCGGUGGAGCAAUUGCAAAAACGAAUGCAAUCCAUCCAGAACAACUUGCAGGACAUUCGUACCACCAUGUCCGCCUGGGCAAAGCUACCAUUGUUUGAGCGUAAAGAUUCCAAGAAGGACACUGUACUGUGCCUAGAAGAACGAAACGACCGCAAGACAAAACGCUACGCGGAGCUGGAAGCGGCCGCGAUCAAGGUUCACCAGCUGCUCGACACGAACAUGAAACUGUUUGGCAUGGAAGAUGACCAGGAAGACACUAACUGGGUGGAGUAUGUAAAGUUCGUCGACAACAUAGUGUACGAGAAUCUGCUCUUUAUGAUUGGAAUCAGCAUCGGCUACCUGGCCGAAAACAUGGACGUUGGCAAUAAUCUUGCACCGUUGUUUGAAUCACGCUUAGAGCUACUAGAACCGCAUCUUGUGUUUGUGCCCUCACUAAAUCCAAACGAUGUAAAUGGUUUUACCGCACUGCUGGCUGGGUUGGUAAAUGAUAUCACUUACAUGUCAUCUUUGAUUCCACGUUUGCUGAAAACGGCCAACAAAACUUACGAACAGAUCAUUACUAAGAACAACGACAUACAGGAGAUGAAGGUUGAAAUCCUGCAAGGAGUCGACAAGGUCAUUCAAGAGGCAGCAGAAUUUUGUGGCGAUUUCGAACGCUAUUCCUAUCUCUGGCUGGAGGAUCGUGAAUAUAGCAUGGAAACGUUUCUCGAAUACGGUCGCCAGCUGGAAGCGGAUGAGAUAGAACUGAUCAUCAACAAGGAUCCGGACGCACCCAAACCAUGCCCACCAACCAUUGAAGCGUUCCGCGAGCAAAUCGAUCACUAUGAAUCCCUCUACCAAGAGAUAGAGAAAAUUGAAUCGUUCCAAAUUUUUAACUCUUGGUUCCAAGUGGACGUGCGCCCUUUUCGGCAAUCGCUGAUGAACAUCGUGCGCAAGUGGGGCAACAUGUUUAAGGAACAUCUCGUCAACAAUGUGACACACAGCCUAACCGAUCUGGGAAACUUUAUUCGCAAAGCUGACGAAGGCCUGCUGCAGGUUGUGAAAGAAGGUGACUAUGAAGGGUUGGUUAACAUUAUGGCCUAUCUGCUGCACGUCAAGGAACGAACCGCCACCACGGACGAGAUGUUCGAACCGAUGAAGGAUACGAUAGAGCUGCUCAAGUACUACGACAUGGACAUUCCGGAGGAGGUAAACGUGUACCUGCAGGAGCUGCCCGAGCAGUGGGCCAACACGAAAAAGAUUGCGCUCACCGUGAAGCAGCAGGUCGCACCACUGCAGGCAAAUGAGGUGGUCGGCAUACGGAAUCGGAUCGCUAUGUUCGACGUUCAUAUUACCGUUUUCCGUGAUGUGUUCCGUACAUAUGAAUUUUUCAAAUACGAUUGUCUGGAACCUUACAUUCUGCUCGAUCGUAUCGAUGGCGAUGUCCAGCGGUUGGAAAAAGAUAUGUCGGAUAUACAGGAAUCGGGUAGUUUGUUUGAAGUGUCCGUGCCAGAGUUUAAACUGCUGCGCCAGUGCCGCAAGGAAAUGAAAAUGUUGAAGCAACUGUGGGACUAUGUGUUCAUCGUCCGUACCAGCAUCGAGGACUGGAAAACAACUCCAUGGCGUAAGGUGGACGUUGAAAACAUGGACAUCGAGUGUAAAAAGUUCGCCAAGGAUAUCCGUCUACUCGACAAGGAAAUGCGACCGUGGGAUACGUACGUUACGCUUGAGUCGACGGUCAAGAACAUGCUCACGUCGCUGCGUGCCGUUGGCGAGCUGCAAAAUCCCGCCAUCCGUGAGCGACAUUGGAAUCAGCUGAUGUCUUCCACUAAGGUCACCUUCAUCAUGGACAAAAAUACAACACUGUCCGAUCUGCUGGCACUCAACCUACACGAAUGCGAAGAAGAGGUGAAAAAUAUCGUCGACAAAGCGGUAAAGGAAAUGUCGAUGGAGAAAAUCUUACGCGAUCUGCACUCCGUGUGGAACGGCAGUCCCAACACCAAAAUGAUGGAAUUUGAAUAUGAAACUCAUCUACGCACCGGGUCCACCUUGCUAAAGGCAUCGGAAGAAUUGAUAGAAACGCUUGAAGAAAACCAGGUUGUGCUUCAAAAUUUAAUCACAUCAAAGUUCAUUGCACACUUCCUGGAGGAGGUGUCCGAAUGGCAAAAGAAGCUUACCACGGCGGAUCAGGUUAUUACAGUAUGGUUCGAGGUGCAGCGUACCUGGGCUCAUCUCGAAUCGAUCUUCAUGAGCUCGGACGAUAUUCGCAUGCAGCUACCCGUCGACUCGGAACGGUUCGACAAUAUCGAUGCCGAGUUCAAGAUCAUGAUGGAGGAGAUGGCUAAAAACUCCAACGUCAUACACGCUACGAACCGGGAAGGUUUGGUCGACAAGCUGGACAACCUGCAGAGUCAGCUGGCAUUGUGCGAGAAAGCUUUGGCCGAAUAUUUAGAAACGAAGCGACUUUACUUUCCACGCUUUUACUUCGUUUCGGCGGCUGAUUUGCUCGAUAUUCUCAGCAAUGGAAAUCGUCCGGAAGUCGUUUGCAAGCAUCUAACUAAACUGUUCGAUUCGAUCGCAAAGCUCAAACUGGAAUCUAACGACGAUGGGCAUAGCAAGAAGGCGCUCGGAAUGAUAGCGAAGGAUACCGAAUACGUAAAAUUUUUCGAGUUCUGUAACUGCA